AUGUCAGGCAUUGGUGAAGCAAGCCUUGUCCUCGGUAUAAUAUCUUCGAUAAUUGCAAUUAUCGAGACCACCAAGCAAGUCUACGAUGCUAUUGAGGAUGAAGCCGGUCUCCCAAAAAACUUCAAGAAAUCGGCGACGAAACUCCCUCUCAUCUCCCAGCUCCUUGAAGAUGCUGAAAGAUAUAUCAACACGGCAACGGAUGACUCGAUAAAGGCUGCGUUUACACCUACUUUAGAGGAUUGUAAAUUUCAGGCAAUACAACUUAAGGAGUUGUUUGAAAAAGUCAUGCCAAAAGGUAGUGACUCGAGAUGGGAUCGAUAUGUAAAAGCUGCUCGGACAAUUGGAAAGAAAGGACGUGUGGAGAGUUUGGUUGGGGGGGUUUUGGACGACCUGCAACUCUUGGCAACUCGCUUUCCACAAGUGUUGACAUCAAGAGGAAAAGAAAAGUUAGAAAAUGCAAUUGAGGAGGUUGCUAAUAUGGAGCCUUCUUUACCUGAUGGUUUCGAGCAGAUGCCUGCAUACGCACACUAUGGAAGUGGUGCCCAAAAUAACAAUACUGGUGCUGGAACUCAGAACAACAACAAUAGUGCGGGCAACCAGAAUAACGGUCCAGGCCAACAAUUCAUUGGUACCAAUCACAUCACUAAGAAUGUCACUGUUGAUGAUAUCGAUCGAUCUUGUCUCCACGAUUUGCGAUGUCCUGAUACGUUGGCUAUCAAGAGUCGGCUGAAAGAGAAUAAGGACAAGUUGCUCUAUCAAUCCAUUGACUGGAUUCUUCAAAACCCGCAAUACAUCAGUUGGAAAUGCGGAGGCGAUGUCUCUUUGCUCUGGAUUAAGGGCGGUGCCGGUAAGGACAAGACCAUGAUGUCAAUUGGUCUUAUUGAGAAACUAUCAUUCCCACAAGAUGAGUCGACCGUAGUGACUUAUUUCUUCUGCCAAAAUGCCGAUUAUGAGCUCAACACCCUUCAAGCAAUCAUCAAGGGUUUAAUCCUGCAAUUAGUGAAUCAACAAAAGGAGCUUAUCGAAUAUUUGUGA